AUGAAGAUUACUGUUGAGACGUCCGCAGGCAAGAAAGUUACUGUCGAGGUUGAUGACAAUGAGGCGGAAAACACGAAGAUCACCUUUACCCGCAGACCUGACUCUGGCGUCCAAAUGUUGGUCUCGGUAAAAGACAGUAAGUCCGCUUUUAUCUUGGUCAAACUCUAUGUCAGAAGACACAUUUCAGAUCUUCGUUAAGACCCUCACUGGUAAGAUCGUCCCCUUGGAGGUCAAAGCUUCUGAUACCGGCGAGAACGUGAAAGCCAAGAUCCAGGAAAAGGAAGGUACUCCGCAAGAAGAGCAACGUCUCAUCUUCAACGGAAGACAGCUCGACGACCACCGCCCUGUCAGAGAUUACAACGUUCAAAAAGGCUCUACUCUACAACUAGUUUUUCGUCUUCGUGGAUAA